AUGACUGUUUCCAGCAACGGCGCCGCCAAUGGCAGCUCAAACAGCCACGCGGCCUCGAGGCGGCCACUCCCCUGCGGCAUCUACGCCCCGACCAUGACCUUCUUUGACCCGGUGACCGAGGAGCUUGACAUCCCCACCAUCAAAAAGCACGCCGAGCGGCUGGCACGGGCAGGGCUCGCCGGCAUCGUGACCAUGGGCUCCAACGGCGAGGCGGUCCACUGCACGUGGGACGAGAAGCUCGCCGUCACGCAGGCCACGCGCGAGGCCCUCGACGCCGCGGGCUUCCCGGACACGCCCAUCAUCCUGGGCGCCACCGAGGGCAGCGUCAAGGGCACCAUCGAGCUCUGCAGGGCUGCCGAGAAGGCCGGGGCCGACUACGCCCUCAUCCUGCCGCCGUCCUACUACCGCGGCCUGAUGGACGACGAGGCCAUCCGGCAGUACUUCACGGCCGUGGCCGACGCCAGCCCCUUGCCCGUCAUCCUCUACAACUACCCGGGCGCCGUGGCCGGGAUCGACAUGGACUCGGAGCUCCUCGUCGAGCUGGCCGCGCACCCAAACAUCGCCGGCACAAAGUUCACGUGCGGCAACACGGGCAAGCUCACGCGCGUCGCGCGCGCCACUGACGCCAAGACCCCGUCCUCGGAGGGGUCGGGCUACAUGGCCUUUGGCGGCAUCUGCGACUUCACGGUCCAGACGCUCGUCAGCGGCGGCGGCGGCAUCAUCGCCGGCGGCGCAAACGUCAUGCCCAAGGUCUGCGUGCGCGUCUGGGACCUCUGGGCCCAGGGUAAGCGCGACGAGGCCAUGGAGCUGCAAAAGGUGCUCAGCCGCGGCGACUGGGUGCUCACAAAGGCCGCCAUCGCCGGUACCAAGCAGGCCAUCCAGUCGUGGUACGGCUACGGCGGCCACCCGCGCCGCCCGCUCAAGAGGCUCACAAAGGCCCAGGUCUCGGCCAUCGAGGAGGGGACCAAGGAGAUUAUGGAGAUUGAGAAGUCGUUAUAA